CGGCGGCGGCAGCGGCGUGAUGGACUUCUUGUUUGUGACGCUGCCCGACGGCCGCCAGGGUCAGCUGGCUUACCGCGGCCUGCGCGUGCGCAUGGGGCUGCACUCGGGGCUGGACGACCCGCAGCACAUCGCCUUCAACAAGGUCAGCAGCGCAUUCAAGUACUAUGGUCCCUUUGCCGAGACCGCCAAACUCGUGAGUGACGCUGCCCCGGGCGGCCUCGUCACGCUGUCCGCAUUCGCAUUCAACCGCCUGCGCAACAACACGCAGCAGCGGGGCAGCAACGGCAGCAGCAGCAACACCGGCGGAGGCGGAGGCGGUUCCGGAGCCAGCGGCAGCCGGGCAGUCGCAGCUGACGCGGUGGUGCUGUACGGCGGACACCAUGUGUUUGUGGAUGCGGAGCCGCCCGCACGACCCGGCGGGGGGUCGGCGAGGAAUGGCAGCGUCAGCCGUGGCACUGCUGCCCCCGGGGGUGCGCCGCCCUCGCGUGUCAUCUGCAUGGCCUCCGCGGCGGCCCCCUCCUCCACCACUGUACCUGCGGAUGAGGUGGCGGUGGGAGCGACGACGUCUGCGGCGGCAGUGGCGGAGGCAGCGACACCAGCCAGGUCUGCAGGCGUUGUUAGUACUCGUGACACCAGAGCUGCCGCUGCUGCUGCUGCUGCUGCUGCUGUUCCCGGUGGUGCCGCCAGCAGCGGUAUUGUGCUGGGCAUCAUGGGACGAACGACGGCGACACCAGCUGCAGCAGCAGCUACCUCGCAGCCCUCCCCGCGGUCCCGGUGGCACGGCUGGCGAUCACGGGUGGCCGCCAUGCUGCUGUCCAGGCGCCACCCGCAGGGCAGCAAGCCAGCAGCCGGCAGUACCCGCCCCACCGCUGCUGUUACUGUUACUGUUACUACUCCUGCUGCUGCUGCUGCUGCUGCCGUACCCCACGGAGGAGGCGCUGCCCCCGGAGGCGCUUCUUCCUCCACGCCCCACCUCGCCUCCCACAUCUCCGCCUCCUCGCGGCCGCACUCGGUGUUCCUGGCCACGCAUGCGGCGCUGGUGUGCCGACUGGCGCUGGCGCCGCCGCUGCGGACGGUCCGGCGGGAGCAGCUGGGCAGUCUGGCGGCGCCGGUGGGGUGCAUCACGGUGGCCUUCAUGAAGGUGGUGGGCGCCUCCACGCUGCUGGCGGACCUGCCCGGCCCCGCCGCCCGCGCGCUGGAGCAGUUCCAGCGGCUGGCAUGCGGU